AUGUUGAUCCACGAUAUAUUAUCGACGCCAGUCUCCAUCGUCUCAACCUUCCACCCAACCAAAUCAGAACUACAUCAAGUCAAUAAGGUUCCCGAGGUCACUCCAUGCAUUCAAGAAAUAUCUCACGAACAAGGAUUCGUUCCUGACACUAUCUUGGGUCCAACCGCGAUUGACCCAGACGAGAUAGUGUGUUACGGGGCUGUAACGAGCAUUACUGGAAGGGAGUGGUCCGAGAUCAACGAGGUGUACCUUCAGGAUCCCACGAACCCGGGUCUCAGAGAUGCCAAUUAUGUCAAUGCUGUCUCGGAGGUCGUGGAACAGAAGCCCCCACAUCAACUACGGGGCGGCAUCAUCGCAGACCCCGUGGGGCUCGGUAAAACCCUUGCCAUGAUAGCACUGGCUGCUACUGACCUGUCCAAUCGACCCCUCGCGGGUCAUACUAGCGGAGCUAGCGAUCUAGAAGAGCCAGACGAGCAGAACCACUCUGUAUCAUCCACUCUUAUCAUUGUGCCUCCGCCUCUUCUAGCUACGUGGGAGAACCAAGUAGCGGAGCACACAUAUCCGGGGGACUCAGAUCUCGACUCUGUUGACAUCGUGUUCACGACAUACCAUACAGUCUCAGCGGAAUGGAAUAAAGCGAACCCGUCCGCGUCCCUGCUUUUCUCGGUCAAGUGGAAGCGAGUCGUGCUUGAUGAAGCUCACAUGAUUCGUAACGAAAACUCUCGCAUGGCCAAGUCUAUCUGCGGCCUAAAGGCCGCGUGCCGCUGGGCUGUGACGGCGACCCCGAUUCAAAAUCACCUCAAUGACCUCGCGUCUCUUCUCAAGUUUAUUCGCGCCUACCCCUACCAUACCCGAGCCAACUUUGAGCGCGACAUCUCCGACUACUGGAAGGAAGGCCAGGACAAAGAGGCUGCCAACCGCCUCCAGAGGCUGUCGUCGUGCCUGCUGCUCCGCCGCCCCAAGACUACAGUGCAGCUGCCGCCCAAGCACGACAUUGAGUGCCCCAUUGAGUUUAAAAGCGAGGAGAGAAGAGCUUAUGACAAGCUUAGAGUGGAUGCGAAGGAGGCAGUCGACAAAGCCCUAAACCAAGGGCAAAGUCCGGGCCCGUCCAAGGCAUACGUCCACAUCUUGCAGCUGAUCGAGUCGAUGCGGCUAUUUUGCGUAUUGGGAGAGCACUACCACUCGCGAUAUCGCCGUGCAUCACUGGCUUCAGGUACCACGGCAUCGUGGGCGACCAUCGCGCAGCAGACGUUUAGAACGCACCUUGAUAUGGGGUCCGUAGUGUGCUCCCAAUGCGAAGCCAUCGCCCACCUCGACCAUGGUUUCUUGAAUGGCUCCGUUUCCUCGACUUCACAGUUCUCGAGGUGCGGGAGAUUUGCGUGCGCGGAAUGCUCCGUAAAGCUCACCCGUCAGAAACUCACCCUAGAAUGCGGACAUAAACCCGCAUGUCCCACGGCGCCGGUUUCUACGAGUGUGGAAAGCCUGGACGGCGGCACGCACGAUGUCGAACCGGAAUUCUUCUCGGGGAGUUCUUCUGAGAUGCCAUCCAAGAUCAAGGCCCUAAUUAACGAUAUUCUUUCUCAACCUUCUGACGUGAAAUCCGUGGUGUUUUCUACGUGGCGCUUCACCCUCAACGUUGCAGAGGCUGGUUUAACACAGGCGGGCAUCCGGUGCCUGCGUUUUGACGGAAAAGUGCCGCCCAAGGACCGCCCUGGCGUGCUGAAGGCGUUCAAGACGGAUCCUUCAAAGAGGGUGUUGCUUCUAACGCUUAGCUGCGGUGCAGUAGGGCUAACGCUUACGGAGGCGACAAGGGCGUACCUGAUGGAACCGCACUGGAACCCGACUGUUGAAGAGCAAGCCCUGGGAAGAAUUUACCGACUUGGCCAGACAAAAGAAGUUAAAAUGACGCACUUCUUUAUCAAAGACUCUUUCGAAGAGAGAGUGAUUGAGAUGCAGCAAACGAAGAAGGAUCUCGCGAAAGUACUCUUAUCACCUCAUACCAGCGGAAAUGCAGAGACUAGCGUAGAAAGACUCAGGAACCUCCGUGCUCUUUUGUAG